AUGGACUACAAGCCGCAGGUAUCUACAGUGAAGCCACGCCUCAUUAUUCAUGGGGGCGCUGGCAACAUACGUCCGGAAACGAUGUCGCCGGAGAAGUAUGCGCAAUACCGUGAAGCUCUCCUCACCAUUGUCUCCCAAACCGAUGCAUAUAUGAACACGCCAGUCUAUUCCAAGACUGCAUCACCACAAGGAUCAUACCCAUCCGCCUUGGAGAUUGCAACAUAUGCCGUGGUGCUGCUGGAGAACAACCCGCUCUUCAACUCGGGGCACGGCGCCGUCUUCACUCGCGACGGGAUCAACGAGCUCGAAGCCUCAGUAAUGGUCUCCCGGGGGUUUGCCAAGCGCGGUGUAGGAGUAACAGGGUUGCGCCGGGUCAGGAACCCUAUAUUGCUCGCAAGAAAGAUGCUCGAGCAGGGAGAGCGUGACCUGACAGGAAGGGCGAACCUGGGAUGGUCGAAAGCCGACCAGACCUCGUUCGGUCCCGAUCCAUCUCCAGAGGACCUUGACAUUCCUUCUGCACAGGGACACACGCUUCUCCACGGGCCAAGCGCAGAGUCCCUCGCCCAAAAGUACGGGUUGGCGCUGGUCGACCCAAGCUACUUCUACACUCGAAACCGGUGGGAUGAACACUUGCGAGCACUUGAGCGGGAGAAGACCAAGGCGGAAGCCCCUAUUCGGUCGUUCGGGUCGGCGACUUGGAGUCCCGACGAAUACCUACCACAGGGCACCUGCGGCGCUGUGGCUAUGGACUCAGAGGGCGUCAUCUGCUGCGCGACCAGUACGGGUGGGAUGACGAACAAGCUCACGGGCAGGAUCGGCGACACCCCGUCAGUCGGCGCUGGGUUCUGGGCGGAAGAAUGGGCCGAGGACGGGGAUCCCACCGGACGAGUGCAGAAGGGUGAGCUCUCCUCGUGGAAGUCCUAUCUCGGUCUCCCAGGGCCGGCGUUGGAAGUCGGUGGUGCGUUGAGAGGAUUCCUCGGCGACUGUCUCCCGUCGCCUUAUCUAUACCAACCCCUGGCCCCCGCUCGACGUGACAGCGACCUCGUGACCACACGGUCAGCGGCCCUGUCAGGGACGGGCAACGGCGAUUCGUUCCUACGCAUCGCCGCCGUCAGGACGGUCGUCGGCAUUGCCAGGUGGGGUGGCGUCUCCGUGACAGAGGCGUUAAGGCGCAUCGCCGGACGGGGCGGAGAGCUGCAGAAGAGCGCGGGCGAUCGAUGGGGCAAGACGGGCGAGGGCGAAGGCGGCAUGAUAGGGAUUGAGGGCGUGGUCGUGAAGGACAGGGCGAGCGGUCAGGUAGUCGAGACGAGAGGCGAGAUUCUGCAAGAUUUCAACUGUGGCGGCAUGUUUCGAGCUUGGAUAGACGAUGACGGCCGGGCGGCCAUGAGGAUCUUUGAUGGUAAGAAGGAUGAGGAGUUCCCCGGCAGGAAGAGCUCGUAG